GGGGAAGCUGGGCCGGUAUCCUCCAUGGCCAGGAAAGAUUGUUAAUCCACCUAAGGAUCUGAAGAAACCUCGUGGGAAAAAAUGCUUCUUUGUGAAGUUUUUUGGAACAGAAGAUCAUGCUUGGAUCAAAGUGGAGCAGCUGAAGCCUUAUCAUGCUCACAAAGAGGAAAUGAUCAAGAUUAACAAGGGUAAGCGCUUCCAGCAAGCCGUGGAUGCUGUAGAGGAGUUUCUUAGAAAAACCAAAGGCAAAGACCAGGCGUCUUCCCAUAACUCCACUGAAGAGAAGAAUCGGUGUAAUUCCAGUGAAGAGAGAGGCAAGCAAGCCACUGGUGAAGAGAAACGCAAAGCCAGUUUGUCUGAAGGAAAGGUGAAGAAGGGCACAGGGGAAGGAAAAAAGAGGGUCUCUUCUGUCUCGUCAGAGAGAGGAUCAAAGUCACCUUUGAAAAGAGCCCAGGAUCAGAGCCCCCGAAAGCGGGGGCGUCCGCCCAAGGAUGAGAAGGACCUCACAAUUCCAGAGUCAAGUACAGUGAAGAGAGUGAUGACUGGAACAGUGGCUGGAUUUAAAUGGCCACCGAGCGUGAGCGAGCCUGUGAAGGACAGUGAUCCACACUUUCAUCACUUUCUGCUGAGCCAGACAGAGAAGCCAGCUGUCUGCUAUCAAGCCAUCACAAAGAAGCUGAAAGUUUGUGAAGAGGAAACAGGAUCCACCUCCAUCCAGGCAGCAGACAGCACAGCAGUCAAUGGCAGCAUUACGCCUACAGACAAAAAGAUAGGAUUUCUGGGCCUUGGUCUGAUGGGAAGUGGCAUUGUCUCCAACUUGCUGAAGAUGGGUCACACUGUCACUGUCUGGAACCGAACUGCUGAGAAGUGUGAUUUGUUCAUCCAGGAGGGGGCACGGCUGGGAAGAACUCCUGCUGAAGUUGUCUCCACCUGUGACAUCACCUUUGCCUGUGUAUCAGAUCCAAAAGCAGCAAAGGAUCUGGUGCUUGGUCCAAGUGGAGUGUUGCAGGGGAUUCGCCCAGGGAAGUGUUACGUGGAUAUGUCCACUGUGGAUGCAGAUACAGUCACAGAGCUGGCCCAGGUGAUAGUGUCCCGGGGCGGUCGCUUUCUGGAAGCUCCUGUCUCAGGAAACCAGCAGCUCUCUAAUGAUGGGAUGCUUGUGAUCCUGGCAGCUGGGGACAGGGGUUUAUAUGAGGACUGCAGCAGCUGUUUUCAAGCCAUGGGGAAGACCUCUUUUUUCCUAGGUGAAGUAGGCAAUGCUGCCAAGAUGAUGCUGAUUGUGAACAUGGUCCAAGGCAGCUUCAUGGCAACAAUAGCAGAAGGACUGACUUUGGCUCAAGUGACUGGCCAGUCCCAGCAGACCCUUCUGGAUAUCCUCAAUCAGGGACAACUUGCCAGCAUCUUCCUGGACCAGAAGUGCCAAAAUAUCUUGCAAGGAAACUUUAAACCUGAUUUCUACCUGAAAUACAUACAGAAGGAUCUUAGAUUAGCUAUUGCACUGGGUGAUUCUGUCAACCACCCAACUCCCAUGGCAGCUGCUGCCAACGAGGUCUAUAAACGCGCAAAGGCAUUGGACCAAUCCGACAACGACAUGUCUGCAGUGUACAGGGCCUACAUCCACUAGGCUGCACCCUUCUUACUGUUCAUAUGAUGAUUAUUGAUUAAUAUUAUUAUGAUACUGGGUUUUAACUCUGGACCAGUCCAUCUCUGUCUUUCCAUUUCCUUUUAUACAUAGACUUUGAGACCUGCCACCGAGGCAGCUGCCGCAGUGAGCCUUCCCCUGUGGCAGGAGGAAGGGGAGGAGGGGGCUUGGAUUGUUGCAGUCUAAUUAGGAAAAUCCAUGCCAUGCACUGACAGUCAUGGGACGGAACAGCGGCGGCUUGUUCAGAAGCUCUGAGGCAACUCUGCCAGAAAUCUGCUGCUUGGCUGCUUUUAUUUUCCUCUUUGUUUGCUUGUCCAAGAUGCUGUUUCUAAC